AUGGAGGAUAUGUAUGGAUUACACAAGUUAAACAAGGCUACCAAGAAGUACCAUUUCCCUUUGCCCUUCAUUGAUCAAAUGCUGGAUCGAUUAACAGACAAGGCAUUUUACUACUUCUUGGACGGAUAUUCUAGGAUGUCUUUUGGACUCUAUAAUUCCCUGGAAACUUUUCAAUGUUGUAUGCAAGCUAUCUUCUCUGACAUAGUUGAGGUUUUUCUAGAAAUCUUUAUGGAAGACUUCUCCAUUUUUGGAGAUAACUUUGAAAAAUGCCUAGGCAAUCUGGCAAAGAUGCCAACACACUGUAAACAUUUUCAGAUGACAAUAAAUUCCAUUGCAAAAGAUUCUAGAGAUCGAGCUUUUGAUGUGUGGCGCAUUGAUUUCAUGGGACCAUUCUUAUAUUCUUUUGGAGACUUAUAUAUCUUGCUUGUGGUGGACUACGUGUCCAAGUGGGUUGAGGCGAUUGCAACACCAAGGAAUGACUCUAAAAUUGUGCUCAAGUUCCUUCAUAAUCACAUCUUUAUGCGAUUUGGAGCACCUAGAGCCAUCAUUAGUGACGAAGGCACUCAUUUUGAUAACAAGUUAAUUGCCAAGGCAUUGCAGCGAUAUGGAGUGUGA